GAAAAUAUCUUAUGCAGCCGUACGGCAAUUUUAUGGCUGCAUAAAUGGCGAUUUUUAAGGAUGUUCACCACCUACGUCAGGUCUGCAAAAACUUGACGAACAACGCCACCGAUAAACGGCUCCAGGACUACUUUUUCCACAGGACUUACCGCGCCUGGUACAACGACUCUACGCAAUAUGUUUAUUACAUGUUGAGUUCGGUCACUAUAGGAGCCAGUAUCGUGGUUGGUUUUCAUCAGCUGGAUGGCAACCCCGACGUAACCGGGAGGGUUCGUCAUGGAAGAUUGCAGCUACCUGACAGGCUCAUGUUACAUGCUCAUGCCAUUCCAUAUUACAACCACUCGUUGAGAAACUUCGCAAUGAAAUUUACUGGAUCUUUAGUAGACAACGAACAUGAUUACAGCAAAGAGAUUACGCACGCGUAUCGUCCUACCAGAGCGAAGCAUUACGGUAGAUACCCGUGCUUCUUCAGCGCCCCCAAGUACUUUGUGGAUUGUCCCGAUUAUGAAAAAACGCUUCACAAAAACGUCGAGGCCAAAUACAAAGCCCUUGGAUACUACGAUUAUGUUGCGUAGACAAGGCCUGCAUGUCGCAGAACCGGCAUAAAUGUGAACGGUAAAUAAACAUAUCGGGAAAGGCGAC